AGGACAGAAGAAACGUCUGGUGGUCACGGGAAGUGGGAAGUCGUGUACUCGUCUACUUUCGUCUUCUGGCGGGAAGCCCUAGAGACGAGAAGUCGAAACACUUUGUGGUGGUGAGAGCAGCAGAGACGAGACGAGAGCUAGGAGAAGAUGCACUGGAUUGCCACCAGAAACGCCGUCGUUUCGCUCCCUAGAUGGCGUUCCUUCGCCUUCCUCUUACGCUCGCCAUUUCGCACUCACUCUUCCCUCAAACCCUCCCCACUUCUUCUACUUAAUACAAGGUACUCUGAGAGGAGAUACUGUUUAGGAGAUGGAAAGUCUGUGAAAGGAAUCACUACGGCUUCUUCUAAGAAAGUUAAGACCAAGUCUACUGAUGUUCUCACUGACAAAGAUCUCUCUCAUUUGCUCUGGUGGAAGGAGAGAUUGCAGACAUGUAAGAAACCAUCUACUCUUCAACUUAUCGAAAGGCUUAUGUACACCAAUCUACUUGGUUUGGACCCCAGCUUGAGGAAUGGAAGUCUUAAAGACGGAAACCUCAACUGGGAGAUGUUGCAGUUUAAGUCAAGGUUUCCACGUGAAGUUUUGCUCUGCAGAGUUGGAGACUUCUAUGAGGCUAUUGGAAUAGAUGCUUGUAUACUCGUUGAAUAUGCUGGUUUAAAUCCUUUUGGUGGUCUUCGUUCAGAUAGUGUUCCAAAGGCUGGCUGCCCAGUUGUGAAUCUUAGACAAACUUUGGAUGACCUAACACGCAAUGGUUUUUCAGUGUGUAUUGUGGAAGAAAUUCAGGGGCCAACACCAGCACGUUCUCGUAAAGGUCGAUUCAUUUCAGGGCAUGCACAUCCAGGAAGUCCUUAUGUCUAUGGGCUCGUUGGUGUUGACCAUGAUCUUGACUUUCCGGAGCCUAUGCCUGUGGUUGGGAUAUCUCGUUCAGCAAGGGGCUACUGUAUGAUAUCUAUCUUCGAGACUAUGAAAGCAUAUUCACUAGAUGAUGGUCUAACAGAAGAAGCUCUGGUCACCAAGCUCCGCACCCGUCGCUGUCAUCAUCUUUUCUUACAUGCAUCAUUGAGACACAAUGCAUCAGGAACAUGCCGGUGGGGAGAGUUUGGAGAAGGGGGUCUCCUCUGGGGAGAAUGUAGUGGCAGAAAUUUUGAAUGGUUUGAAGGAGAUACUCUUUCCGAGCUCUUAACAAAGGUCAAAGAUGUUUAUGGUCUUGAUGAUGAAGUUUCCUUUAGAAAUGUCAAUGUACCUUUAGAAAACCGGCCACGUCCUUUGCAUCUUGGAACGGCUACACAAAUUGGUGCCUUACCUACUGAAGGAAUACCUUGUUUGUUGAAGGUGCUACUUCCAUCUACGUGCAGUGGCCUGCCUUCUUUGUAUGUCCGGGAUCUUCUUCUAAACCCUCCUGCUUAUGAUAUUGCUCUGAAAAUCCAAGGUAAUUUGACAAAUGUGAAGAGCUUUCUUAGAUUAUUCCCUUUUAGUUUUGUUAUGAUUCUUCUUGCCACAUUAUUGUUAUUUGCAGAAACGUGCAAGCUCAUGAGCACAAUAACAUGCUCAGUUCCGGAGUUUACCUGUGUUUCAUCUGCUAAGCUUGUGAAGCUUCUUGAACAGCGGGAAGCCAACUACAUUGAGUUCUGCCGGAUAAAAAAUGUGCUUGAUGAAGUAUUACACAUGCACAGACAUCCUGAGCUUGUGGAAAUACUGAAGUUAUUGAUGGAACCUACUUGGGUGGCUACUGGUUUGAAGAUUGACUUUGAAACUUUUGUCAAUGAAUGUCAUUGGGCUUCUGAUUCAAUUGGUGAAAUGAUCUCAUUAGAUGACGAUGAAAGUCAUCAGAACGUUAGUAAAUGUGCUAAUGUCCCGAACGAGUUCUUUUACGAUAUGGAGUCUUCAUGGCGUGGUCGCGUUAAGGGAAUCCAUAUAGAGGAAGAAAUCACACAAGUGGCCAAAUCGGCAGAGGCUUUAUCUUUAGCGGUAACUGAAGAUUUCCACCCUAUUAUAUCAAGAAUCAAGGCUAUGGCUGCAUCACUUGGUGGCUCAAAGGGAGAAAUUGUGUAUGCAAAAGAACAUGAGUCUGUUUGGUUCAAAGGGAAACGGUUUACCCCAUCUGUAUGGGGUGGUACUGCAGGGGAAGAACAAAUUAAACAGCUGAAACCUGCUUUUGACUCCAAAGGGAAAAAGGUUGGAGAAGAAUGGUUUACAACUCAAAAGGUGGAAACUGCUUUAGUCAGAUAUCAUGAAGCUAGUGAGAACGCAAAUGCCCGGGUGUUGGAGCUGUUGAGGGAGUUAUCUGCUAAAUUGCAAACAAAAAUAAACGUUCUUGUAUUUGCAUCUAUGCUUCUCGUCAUUGCAAAAGCGUUAUUUUCUCAUGCUUGUGAAGGGAGAAGACGAAAGUGGGUUUUUCCAACUCUUGUUGGUUUCAGUACAGAUGAGGCCGCAAAUCCAUUAGAUGGUGGUGCCACUCGAAUGAAGCUGACUGGGCUAUCACCUUAUUGGUUUGAUGUAGCUUCUGGAACUGCUGUUCACAAUACGGUCGACAUGCAAUCACUGUUUCUUCUAACUGGACCUAAUGGUGGUGGUAAAUCGAGUUUGCUCAGAUCGAUAUGCGCAGCUGCUUUGCUUGGAAUCUGUGGUUUUAUGGUUCCAGCUGAAUCAGCUUAUAUCCCUCACUUCGAUUCCAUCAUGCUUCAUAUGAAAUCUUAUGACAGUCCUGUAGAUGGGAAGAGUUCUUUUCAGGUGGAAAUGUCCGAGAUACGGUCUAUUGUAAGCCAGGCUACUUCAAGAAGCCUAGUGCUUAUAGAUGAGAUCUGCAGAGGGACAGAGACAGCUAAAGGCACCUGUAUUGCUGGUAGUGUGAUCGAGAAUCUUGACGCAAGUGGUUGCUUGGGUAUUGUUUCUACACAUCUCCAUGGAAUCUUCGAUUUGCCUCUUACGGCCAAAAACGUCGCGUAUAAAGCAAUGGGAGCAGAUAAUGUGGAAGGGCAAACAAAACCAACAUGGAAACUGACAGAUGGAGUUUGCAGAGAGAGUCUUGCGUUUGAAACAGCUAAGAGAGAAGGUGUUCCGGAGACAAUUAUCCAAAGAGCCGAAGCUCUUUACAUCUCCGUUUAUGCCAAAGACGCAUCGUUUGGGGUUGUCAGGCCAAACAAAACGGAGACUUCAUCGGACAAUGAGAUCCGCAAACCAGUCAGGUCUGAGAGAAGCUUGGAGAAGGACUUGGCAAAAGCUAUCCUUAAGAUUUGUGGGAUAAAGAUGGUUGAGCCUGUAGGUUUAGAAUGUCUUUCAAUAGGUGCUCGAGAGCUUCCACCUCCAUCUACAGUUGGUUCAUCAUGCGUGUAUGUGAUGAAGAGACCAGAUAAGAGAUUGUACAUUGGACAGACGGAUGAUCUUGAAGGAAGAAUACGUGCGCAUAGGGCAAAGGAAGGACUGCAAGGGUCAAGUUUCCUAUACCUUGUGGUACAAGGUAAGAGUAUGGCUUGUCAGCUAGAGACCCUUUUGAUUAACCAGCUCCAUGAGCAAGGCUACUCUCUAGCUAACUUAGCCGAUGGAAAGCACCGCAAUUUUGGGACGUCAUCAAGCUUGACUGCGUCAGAUGUAGUCAGUAUCUCCUAGUUUCAACAUUAGCCUUGAGUGUAACUUGAUAAUCUCGCUCUCUGUUUGCACAAUUGAGUCUGGCUUAGGAAGUUAGAAUUAGAGUAGAUUAAAAACUAGGCACAUGGCACAUGGAAAGAAAGCAAUGUAUGCCGUUUUUGCUUUUUGAGGUUUUUGGAGAUAUUGCAAACGGCAGGCAGUUGGCAAUUACCCUUUUUUUGGUCUUCGGGUGUAAUUGUGUCACAUUUUCAUUCAACCGAGAUUUGUAAUAUUUCAAUUUCAAACGAAGAGAAUGUCCUGCAUUUUUUUUUU